CAGUUCAAUCAAUAUAGAGCUGUCAAUUGUCAGCCGAGAUGUAUAAAAGAGAGACAAUCAUUGCUUAUGAUACACAUUGGGAAGGACCUUCAAGAUCUGCUGGUGCUUAAGAAAAGAUUUUCAGCAACAUGGCAUUGGUUCUCUUUCUCUUGCUUUUGCUCAAAGUGUACAUCGGAGAAUGUUCACACCCACUUGAUUCCUGCCCAAUCAAGGUGGAGCCAGUUGGAUGUUACGAGGACCUUUAUCACGACAGAGCUUUAACAACCGAGAUCUUGAAUGCCAGAGACAGCUCUCGUGACAUUUAUGCGGGAUACUCGAUUUCUUGGGGAAAUUGGAAAGACUACCUACCAAAAUUUAUCUGCGACUGUGCUAAAGUUGCAUUUAAGAAAGGAUUUAGAGUCAUGGGAAUUCAGUUUUAUGGGGAAUGCUGGGGCAGCAUGAGAGGCCACUUGGAUUAUGCUAAGCAUGGAAAGUCCAAAAACUGCGUACAUGAUGCACGUCGCGAGAUAUGCUGCGACACUUACUACGAACCUGUUGGGUGUUUUAAAGACAAGCAAGCUGUGCCAAGACCACUUCCAGACUACGUCAUGAACGAACGUGACUACACUAUCUCAAACUGGAACGAGCAUUUGAUUGAUUGGAAAAACUGGAACACCUACUCACCCCAGAUGAUUUGCCGAUGUGCCGAGAAGGCCAAAGAGCUUGGACGCAAAACAUUUUCACUGCAAUUUUACGGUGAAUGCUGGACUGGAGAUGAAUCUAGCAUAAAUUACGCUAAAGACGGAAAUUCGGAAAGAUGCCUUGCAAAAGAUUUCUUCAAAUGUCCUUACAAUUCGUACGAUUGCGUUGGAAUGGACCAUGCAAAUAGCGUUUACACGUUAACAACUGAACCUAGCACAGCAAAACCGUGGUCAAACCCCGUCAAACGUGAAAAGUUUGUUCUCCCAGCCUAAUGGUUCAAAAAUACUAGAGUGCAUUUUCACCAUAGGUUAGAUGAAAGCAAUGUGAAGAGUAGACUUCGUUUAUUAUAAACAGAGCUUCCUUAGAAGAGAUAUUGCAAAAGGGGACAAUAUUUGGUUCAAAUUAGCAUCUUAAGCAAAUUAGCACAUGACAUGCACAGAGUUCAUGACUUAUUUAUUUCAGAAAUUGAAGUUUAGAUUAUCAAAUGAUUGCAAGAA